CGUGAAAGCAAUCUUGAUGCGUGAGGACAUUCAUUGGUCGAGUCACGUCAACACAUGUUUGUAUGCACCAUUCACAAAGGGCGUGUCAGCGGUUCCCGCUGCACCCUCUCUCUCUAACACAGCACACACAUGAGGCAAAAGUCGCCUCAAAUCACAAUCACACACACGUCGCAUCCAUCACACAGCCAGCCAUAGAAGCCGCUAUCAGCAGCUGGUGCAACCAGCAGCCCUUCGUCUGCUCAUGCCUCAUCAGGCGGGGCCUCCUCAACGCCCUCGCCGAGUUUGAAGAUCUUGAAGUCCUUAACCUUGAUGGGGCCGCCCACCUCGCCCUCGGCAUCCUUGAGCACCUUGGACACCUUCCUCUUCGUGUCGUCCAACAUCCACUCCUGCACCGACACACCACACACACACACACAGGCAGACAGAGGGGCAUCAUCGAUUUGUGUGAGUGUGCCAGCUAUGUGACUCGGCUCGGCUGACCUGUUCGGUGAGGACGACUUGUUCGUAGAAUUUGCGCAGUCGCCCCUCGACCAUUUUGUCGAUGAUCUCCUCGGGCUUGCCGCUCUCGCGCGCCUGCUCCUUGAGCACCGCCCGCUCCUUCUCCAACUUGGAGACAUCCAAGCCGCCCACAUCCUGACCACAACACACGACCCGCAAGUGCCCAUGCAUCCUCUCCCUCUUCUGUGUGACUUUGCUUACCACUGACUCAGGCCUAGCCACCGAGAUGUGCAUGGCGACCGUCUGGCCGACCUCUCUCAGCUUGGCCUUGUCGCCGCCCGACUCGAGAGCCACCAACACGCCGAUCUGGCCCAUGUUGCCACUCAGCGGAUUGUGCAGGUAAGUCGCAACCACCCCAUCUGCGCCAUCAAGGCUCACGCCGGCCGACCGACGCAAGUCGAGCUUCUCGCCAAUGACGCCUGUAAGUGCGGGCACCUCCUGCUCAACGGUCUUGCCCUCUGUGCCCUCUGGGUAUUCCGCCGCCUUGAGAGCGGCGAAGUCGCCCCCCUUGUCAAAGGCGAUGUCGGCACAGGUGAGGGCGAACUUCUGGAACUGCUCGUUCCUCGCCACGAAGUCGGUCUCGCAGUUGACCUCGACGAGCACCCCCUUGGCGUCGUCGGCCUUGACCACCACCAGGCCCUCAGAUGCCUUGCGCCCCGCCCGCUUAGCGGCCGCAGCCAGCCCCUUCUUCUUGAGAAUGUCCAGGGCGGCUUCCAUGUCGCCCUCUGUGUCUGUCAGCGCCUUCUUGCAGUCCAUCAUGCCCGCGCCGGUCUUCUCGCGAAGCUCCUUGACCAAUGUCGCUGACACAGCUGCCAUCUGCAGGGACGUUGCUGCUGAUCUUGGUGCUCGCCUCAGCUGCCUCAGCUGCUGCAGAGGCCCUGCAUGUGUUGUGAGCGGCUGGGUGGAGGGGGAAAGGGGCAGCGGGCGAAGCUGGAAGCAUUGGGAGGGCGUAAAGGCCAGCAGAAUCGUCGGCAGCAAGAAGAGGCGCUUCAUCAACGAUGCUGCCGGCAAGAGAUGAAGACACUUCAUUACGUAGACCACGGUCAGAGCAGAUCUGAACGAGAUCUGGCACACCCUGAGGCAGACAAGUCAGCACCAGCCUCUGCCAG